GGGGCUGCGGGGAGCGGGCCCGGCAUCGGCAUCGUCCUCUCCGGCAGCCCCGGCCCAGCCCGGCCCCUUCCAGCCGCGGCCUCGUCGUUCCGGGGAACGCUUUGUGCGGCGGACCCAUGGCGGCCUGGCGGGCUAGGGUGGAUCUCUGUUCUCUGCCACGGUAGCUGAGAGGAGCAGCUCAUCAUGCCGACGGUGGUGGUGAUGGACGUGUCGCUCUCCAUGACACGGCCAGUGUCGGUGGAGGGCUCCGAGGAGUACCAGCGGAAACACCUGGCAGUCCACGGCCUGACCAUGCUCUUCGAGCACAUGGCAACCAACUACAAGCUGGAGUUCACGGCCUUGGUGGUGUUUUCAUCGCUUUGGGAGCUGAUGGUGCCAUUUACAAGAGAUUACAACACGCUGCAGGAAGCUCUAAGUAACAUGGAUGAUUACGACAAAACCUGUUUAGAGUCAGCACUGCUUGGGGUUUGCAAUAUUGUCCAACAAGAAUGGGGUGCAGCAAUUCCUUGCCAGGUUGUUCUUGUCACUGAUGGCUGCUUGGGGAUCGGCAGAGGCUCCCUACGGCACUCGCUAGCUACUCACAACCAGAGGAGUGAAAGCAACCGAUUUCCACUGCCUUUCCCAUUCCCGUCCAAGCUGUAUGUCAUGUGCAUGGCAAAUCUCGAAGAGCUUCAGAGCACGGAUUCCUUAGACUGCCUGGAACGGCUCAUAGAUCUAAACAACGGGGAAGGGCAGAUUUUUACCAUUGAUGGACCACUUUGCCUGAAGAAUGUCCAGUCUAUGUUUGGAAAGCUAAUAGACCUGGCUUAUACACCGUUCCAUGCUGUUCUCAAGUGUGGCCACUUAACAUCUGAUGUGCAAGUAUUUCCCAGACCAGAACCUUUCGUUAUAGAUGAGGAAAUAGACCCCAUUCCUAAAGCAAUUAAUACAGAUCUAGAAAUCGUUGGUUUUGUAGAUAUAGCUGACAUUUCUAGCCCUCCAGUCUUAUCCAGACACUUGGUGCUGCCUAUUGCCCUUAACAGAGAAGGUGAUGAGGUGGGACCUGGGAUCACAGAUGACACCGAAGAUGAGAAUUCAGCUAAUCAGAUUGCUGGGAAAAUUCCCAACUUCUGUGUUUUGUUGCAUGGGAGCCUGAAAGUGGAAGGCAUGGUGGCUGUCGUCCAGUUGGGGCCAGAGUGGUAUGGAAUGCUCUAUUCACAAGCUGACAGCAAAAAGAAGUCGAACCUCAUGAUGUCACUCUUUGAACCUGGUCCUGAGCCCCUUCCGUGGCUAGGGAAGAUGGCACAGCUUGGACCUAUUUCAGAUGCAAAAGAAAAUCCCUAUGGAGAUGAUGACAAUAAGAGCCCCUUUCCCUUGCAACCCAAGAACAAGCGCAGUUAUGCACAGAAUGUUACUGUAUGGAUUAAACCAAGCGGCCUCCAGACUGAUGUACAGAAGAUCUUGAGAAAUGCAAGGAAACUCCCUGAAAAAACUCAAACCUUCUAUAAAGAACUUAACCGUUUACGAAAGGCAGCUCUGGCCUUCGGCUUCUUGGACCUCUUGAAAGGUGUGGCAGACAUGCUGGAGCGGGAGUGCACGCUGCUGCCUGACACAGCUCAUCCCGAUGCAGCGUUUCAGCUCACGCAUGCUGCUCAGCAGCUUAAAGUGGCAAGUACUGGGGCUUCCGAAUACGCUGCCUAUGAUCAUAACAUUGCUCCACUGCAGACAGACUUUCCCAGUACCGGCACUGAAAGAAUGUGAAGUCUCCAAUUUGGGAACUUCUACAGAUUAAGACUCAAACUGAUCAAAUUUUCUUGUCCUGUUUACUUUCUAGGGCCUCUUUAAGUACUGGUUGGAGAACUUCCUAUUCAACCAGGGGCCCUUUACUUGCAUCAAUGCUUUCUUAAGUGUAGCUAGUCUGUGGUGGCUUCAGUCAGGCCUGGAAAUUAGAACGUGUUCCGAAGUUGGUUAAUGUAUUGGAUGAUGGGUGGGAAUUACUUAGCGUGUGUAAGGAGAGAAAGAAAAUGCCAUCACAGGCCUCACUCCUUCUGGCUUUUUGCCUCCCAAGAAUGUGGUUACUAGAUAACUGAAAUCACUGGCAAAAACGUCAUAAAAGGCAGCUACUAUUAUUUUAUACAUGGAUUUGAUCAGUCCAGAGAAAACAUGUGAGAAUCACUCUGCAAAAUCAGAUACAGAGCUAAUUUCAGGGUGUUGUCACUGAUCAUGUGCCCACCGUGAAAGCUAGCCUGUACUGCAGGAAUGAACAUUAUCACUGGCAUUGCAGUGCUGAUACUUGUGAAAGUAACUUAAUCUUUUGAGACAAUUUUUUUUUUUAUUUGUGUAAUAUUAAUAAAGAGUAAUUCUUCAGGAAAACUUAA